GCUUUUCUGAAUCUCGUGGUUGCUAUUUUUCAUCAUUUUUUGUGAUAAAAGUUAUAAAAUCCGUGAAAAUGACCAGCAGUAGAGAUGCAGCCAGAGCUAAAGAAAUACCAGAUAUCAUUAUCGAUGAAAAAAAUAAGAAGCGAUAUGCAAAAGGCAAAUUUUUAGGAAAGGGUGGUUUUGCAAAAUGCUACGAAUUGACAGAUAUGGACACCAAGCAGAUAAUGGCUGGGAAAAUCGUUCCCAAGUCAUUGCUGGUCAAACAACAUCAAAAGGACAAAAUGACACAAGAGAUCAACAUCCACAGGAGUCUGAAUCACAAACAUAUCGUUGGUUUCUUUGGCUUCUUUGAAGACAAUGACAAUGUUUACAUACUGCUUGAGCUGUGUAGAAGGAGGUCGUUGAUGGAGUUGCACAAGAGGCGACGAGCCAUCACCGAACCAGAAACACGUUAUUUCGUGCGACAGAUCCUGCUGGCGACAUUAUAUCUUCACAAUGGCCGUGUCAUCCACAGGGAUUUGAAACUUGGAAAUCUGUUUAUGAAUGACGAUAUGGAGAUCAAGAUUGGCGAUUUUGGUUUAGCGACACGAGUCGAUUACGAUGGAGAGAGAAAGAAAACGUUGUGUGGGACGCCAAACUACAUUGCACCCGAGGUCUUGUGCAAGAAGGGACACAGCUUUGAGGUGGACGUUUGGUCACUUGGAUGCAUUGUUUACACACUGUUGGUAGGAAAGCCUCCAUUCGAGACUGCCAACCUGAAGGAUACAUACACACGUAUCAAACGCAACGAAUAUCACAUUCCAUCGCGAGUCAGCCUCCCAGCCAAGAAUCUCAUCACGCGACUCUUGAAGGCAGAUCCCACUGACCGCCCAUGCGUGGAAGCCAUCCUGCAGGACGAGUUCUUUUCAUCAGGUUAUCUACCUCCAGCCUUGCCCACCAGUUGUCUGACAAUGGCGCCCAGGUUCGACAUGCUGAAGAGCGAGGCCAACAGGAAACCACUGAUGGAGCUGAACGGACUUGCUAGCGGCACUGAAGGAAAGUCAACUAAAAGUGAACCAAGAAAUGACCUGGCAGCAAAGAGAGAAGAUGAGCCAAGUGACUACUGGUUAAAGGACCUCCAUGAUCAAAUCGGCAAAGUGUGUGAUGUCAGGCAUAUAGAAGCUCAUCAAAUGGAUGAUGCCGAGGACCCGGCAUGUGUGCCUAUCUACUGGGUCAGCAAGUGGGUGGACUACUCUGACAAGUACGGCCUUGGCUACCAGCUCUCAGAUAACAGCGUGGGAGUGCUUUUCAAUGAUUCGACCAGGCUUCUGCUCACAAGUAACGGAGAAAAUAUCCAGUACAUUGAGCGAGACUUGACGGAGCAUCUGCACACGCUCACCGUCUACCCGGAAGCGCUCCGUAAGAAGGUGACGCUCCUGAAAUACUUCCGCAACUACAUGUCAGAACAUUUACUCAAAGCUGGUGCUAAUGUGACUCCACGUGAAGGAGAUGAGCUCGUCCGUCUGCCGUUCUUGAGGACCUGGUUCCGAACCAGGAGUGCUAUCGUCCUCCAUCUUAGCAACGGGACUGUUCAGAUCAACUUCUUCGGAGACCACACCAAGAUCAUCCUGUGCCCUCUGAUGGGUGCCGUGUCCUUCAUUAACGAGAAGAGAGAGUUCACCACAUUCAAACUCAGUGCCAUCGAGAAGUGUGGUCAAACCAAGGAACUCGCCAGCCGAGUGCGUUACGCCAAAACCAUGAUCGACAGACUACAGGGCGGCUUACCUAAAUCAGGAGCAUCAUCGGGCCGCCCUAAAGUCACUGCAUGAUUGGUCACUUAAUGAACAUUGACUUCUGAUAUUCUGGGGGUUGUGAGGUAUUCUGGACUUUUGUGAUCAUGUGUCCAUGGCAUUUGAUGCCUGUGAAAAUCUUGGUUAAAGCAGUGAUCGUAAUGUACAGCUGCACCUUGCCAAAGGUGGGAGGCCUUAUCACUUUGUUUUUAUCCCCUUUGGAACUUCCCAAGGUUGUUCCAAAUGAAUGCGCGCCAGGACAAGUCCGUCUUACCGUUGUAUGAGAAUGAGGCAUGCAUACAAAGUUGGUUUGUUUGACUGCAUACAAAGUUGGUUUGUUUGACUAAGGUCAGCUAGUUGCUGGAUAUUGUUUCCAUUCAAACUUGCCAAAAUUCCCUGUUCACCCUGUAUUCAUUUCUUUAUGACACUGUACAUAAAACGUCAGUCGAGUAUUGGCAAGGUUAGAUUGAAAUGAGAUGGGUUGAUCAUAUUUGAGUAUGGAAGGGAGAGUGUGUGAGGAUAGUGAUAGAAUAUAGCGUUUGUGAGUGAGUGAGCUUAGUGACUUCAUUGGGAGUCGAUAGCAUAUGUUGGUUGAUGAAGCAAUUGGGGAAAUUAGAUUGGGGAUUAGCAUAGCUUGGGGAGUAAUUUGUCAAAAAUUGAAUUCUGACCUGAGUUUUAACAUGUUCUGUGUUCAACGAACCUUUAAAUGUGCUGCGAUGUUUGUCAAGUCUAAGGUGAUUGUCUAAAAGCAAACUCAAACUAAGAUACCGUAAGUUGGGAUAGCAUUGGCCCAAAGUGUGGUGGAUUUGUCCCAUACAUUUUCCACCCUACAGCUUGAAGCAUACCUGGUAAAUCUUCAAUUGAAUCACUGUACAAAAAGAGAUGUUAGAAGAUCAUUCAAUGCGCUAACUUAACAUCAUAAGAUUUGGAAAGUUGGGGAUUACCCCACUAUGGUAUCAUUUCUGCAGCUUUUACUGCCAAGGUAGUGGGGAUUUGUAUUGUAAUAUGGGCACAUUGAUUUUAUCGAAUGUUUGGUUGUGAAGAUUUCAAGUGGGGGAACUUCAUAGAGAAUAUAAUAUUUUUUCGCAAAUUUCUUGAUUCACUUGUGUUGUAUGGGGGUGAUUCUGGAUGCAAAGUAUUGCUUAUUACGAUAUGUCUCAUUUUAUCUUCUCAUGGCUUUGGAUACAGUGUUCAGCCUCAUUUAUGUACAGUAUUGGACAGAAGUUUAUAGUCGUCUAAGUUUUCAAAAGAUGCAUCUCUUUACUGCUGGGCAGACUGGCAGAUUCCUUAGCUGUGUGUACAUUGAGAGACAUCGGAACAUCUUAAUUUUGUUCGAUGAAAGAUAGAUGGUAGUAGAAAGCGAGAUAUUCAGUAUCUGGGGUGUGUAUAUACUUUUGUCUAAGGUUGUACUUCAGGCUUUACUACAGUUUGAUUUUCAACUGGUAUUCUAAGCAUUUCUUUAUUAUAACGUGUACAGCUGUUUAUAAACUUCACAAUAUCAUUCAUUACUUUAUGUACAGAUACAGCAUUUUUGUGCAAAAUGAUUCAAACUAGAGCAAGAUUUAGGAUAUUCUGGGUCUUAGUUUCAAGCUUCAGAAUUCCUAAGGCAGUGUUCACAAUGCGUAACAUUUUCAAUAUCGCACUCAUUUCUAAAAAUUGUGUUUGUUUUCACUUGUAACCCUACCUCAAAUGAAUCUAUACAUACAGUUGCACAUAUUUCAUCAAAUCCGACUUCACAGUGAGCACAUACUCUCCUGAAAAAACCUAAAUAGCAGCUUAAGAAACUCUCCUCAAAACACCUGAAAAGCAGCUUCUGAAACUCUGCCAAAAACACCUUGAUAACAGCUUCGGAAACUCUCCCCAAAAUACAUGUAUGGCAGCUUCCCAAACCCCAUGAGCCAAAUUUGUACAUGACAGGGAGUAUGAUCUCCUGACAUUUAUUUAUGACAUCAUAAUUGAUCUUAAAGUGGCCUGUCGCGCUUAGAUCAGAGAAGACAAGCCACAGCUUGCAAUCCAUUUCACAUUGGAGUCCAAUCCUGAAUUUCAGCAAUUUUCAGAGGGGUACUGGUCGUGUGAAGUGUCGUUUGAAAAAAAGAUAUGUAACAGGGUGUAAAGUAGGACUUUGAAAACUCCAACAAAAACUCCAGAAAUGGAUGAAGAUAUUGAAAAUUUGUUAACUGUGUGAACACCACCAUGAUAGAUUGGUAUCUGCUUGUUGCCAAGGAAGACUAUGCAACCUUUGUAAAUAGCCAGUUUGUUUAUUAUUUGAGUCAUUUUGUAUAAUAAUGUCGACUAGAUUAUCGUGACUUAAUA